UUGGAAUUGAAUGAUGAUGAAGAGUGAAGCACUUCUGCGCCGUGCUCGUGGCGGAUGGAUCACCUUCCCUUUCAUCAUAGCAACAAUGGGUGGUUUGACACUCUCAUCUGGAUUAUGCGCCAACCUCAUUACAUUCCUGAGAGAUGAGUUCCAUUUUGAAGAUACUGAUGCUGCUAAAAUCAGCAACUAUGUCAAUGGAAGCAUCACUUUCAUCCCUAUCUUUGCUGCAAUCAUUGCUGAUUCUUUUGCUGGCUGCUUUUCUGUCAUCUGCUUCUCCUCCCUCAUCUCUUUGCUGGGAGUAGUGCUAUUGCUACUAUCUGCAACAGUGAGCCAUUUGAGGCCUCCUAGUUGUGAAAAGGGUUCCAUUCUCUGCAAGCAUCCAACGCCUCUUCAGGCCGGUCUUCUCUAUCUCGGCCUGACUCUCCUCUCUAUAGGAAACGGAGGCACACGCUUCACUCUUGCUUCCAUGGGAGCAGAUCAACUAGACUCCACAAGACAUCAGGGGAUAUUCUUCAAUUGGUUCGUUUUCACAAUCUACGUGGCUAACUUUGUGAGCUCAACGCUCAUGGUAUACGUGGAGGAAAACCGGGGCUGGGGGUGGGGCUUCACCAUCUUCACCAUGGCCAAUCUGGUUGGCUUGGUGGUCUUCCUAUGUGGCUCAAAAGUUUAUCGCUUUGUGAAGCCCACUGGCAGCCCUUUCAAGAGCUUGGCUUGUGUCAUCGUUGCAGCCAUCAAGAAAAAGAAGAUGCAUCUCUCACCACAAAGUGGAGAUUAUCACCAUGAUGGAGAUGGUUUCAACUCUCCCACACCAUUUUUCAAGUUCUUGAACCGUGCAGCGAUGAAGAAUGAAGAAGAGUCUAGUUCAAAGAUAGUAAGUCCAUGGAAACUAUGCACAGUGCAACAAGUUGAAGAUCUGAAGAGGCUAAUAAAGAUUGUGCCAAUAUGGAUUAGUGGUUACAUAUUGAGUAUACCUAUAGCAGUGCAGAUGAGUUUCAUAAUCAUACAAGGCAAAACCAUGGACAAUCACAUCACCUCCCAUUUCAAAAUCCCAGCUGCCACAAUCCAAGUGUGUCUGCUCAUCGCAACCUGUGUCACCAUAUCGUUGCUAGACCGCCUCAUUUUCCCGCUUUGGGUAAAGCUCGCUCCCAAUAGGCCUCCCACGCACUUGCAGCGCAUUGGGAUCGGCCAUGUCUUCACUAUACUCAGCAGCAUUGUCGCGGCACUUGUGGAGUCUAAGAGAUUAAGCGUGGCAAGAUCUCAUAACCUCGUUGACCAAGUGAAUGCAGUGGUUCCCAUGUCGUUGCUGUGGCUGGCGCCACCGCUGGCCAUUCUUGGAGUUUCGGAAGGUUUCCAUUUUGCAGGACAAGUUUCAUUCUGUUACCAACAGUUCCCAGCUUCGUUCAAGAGCACUGCAACCGCUGUCGUUGGCUUGACAAUCGCGGGGGCCUUCUAUUCGAGCAAUAUCGUCAUCGAUGCAGUGCAGAAUGCGACGGUAUGGUUGCCCAACAAUAUAAACAAAGGGAGACUGGACAAUGUGUAUUGGUUGUGCAGUGGGAUAGGAGCCUUGAAUUUGGUGUUCUUUCUUGUGUGUGCAUCUGUCUACAAAUACCAUAAAGCUUAAAAAUGUUGGGGUUGGUUCAUCUAACUCAUGUUGUAGUGAAUUAUUCAAAUAAGUUUUCGCAUCAUUGGAGCCUUGGAUUAAUGUUACUACUAUAUUGCUUUGUAAACU